GGUUCUCGGGUUACUCGUCAGUCGCUGUUGGUUUACUCGCGAAGCCAUGUCGGGACGCGGCAAAGGCGGCAAAGGCUUGGGGAAAGGUGGCGCUAAGCGCCACCGUAAGGUUCUGCGCGACAACAUCCAGGGCAUCACUAAGCCUGCUAUCCGCCGCCUGGCUCGUCGUGGCGGUGUGAAGCGCAUCUCUGGUCUCAUCUACGAAGAGACCCGCGGCGUCCUGAAAGUGUUUCUGGAGAACGUGAUCCGGGAUGCAGUCACCUACACCGAACAUGCCAAGCGGAAGACUGUCACCGCUAUGGAUGUGGUCUAUGCUCUCAAGCGCCAGGGCCGUACUCUCUAUGGUUUUGGUGGUUAACCUUUCUGGUUUGCCCUCAGUUUGAUUUCAAUCUAAAGGCCCUUUUCAGGGCCAC